AUGCCAAGAGACAAGUAUUGGCUAUUUACUUCGUCUAUACUACAACUACUACAACAAGAAUCUCAUAAAUCAGGCAGUGGAUAUACUACCCAGGAAGAAGAUGACGUAGAUGAAGAUGAGGAUGAGACACAAGAACAAGAGCCGGGCUACCAAUCUACUUCCGGAGACACUAAUGGUGUUAGAAGACACAUGAGUUUGUCAAGAAGUGGUAAUCAAAACUCAUAUGAAUCUAUAUCUGAUGAUUAUUAUAGAAUGCCAGUUGAUAAUUCAAGUAAAGUGACUUCAAGAGAUUCAUCGGAGAAUUUUGCUGAUAUUUUACCAGAACAAGAUCAACCACAGGAUAAUAUUAGACAACAACUGCCAGAUGUUGAUGAUGAUAGUGAGAAUUAUUUUUUCCAUAUUGCAUUGACUCCCACUGAAUGUACUAUCGUAUGUUCAUCACGAUUAAUGGAUUGUUAUUUCAAAGAAGCAAUUAAAGUAUGUUCUGAGUUGAAUUAUGACAAUGUACAAUUAUUACCAGAAUCAUAUAUAAGUCUUCAAGUUGAUAGUGAUGGUAGUUUUGAUAGAAGUUUACGAAUAUUGGAAUUAACUGAACCAUUAUCAGAAAACAAUAUUUCAUUGUUUUUCCUUUCUAGUCAUUUUAAUGAUAUUGUAUUGAUACCUUAUGAUUUAAAAGAUAAAGUAGUCAAUAUCUUGACUAAGAAGUAUUUUGAAUUCUCUGAUAUUUCCAAUAGUUAUAUAUCAUUAAGUGAUAGUACUGAUACCCCUAAUAGUGAAGCAGCCCAUAGUAGUACAAGAGCAUUAGAAGAUCAUACAUUUAAAUUAUUCAAUCAAGCUAAUAUUAAACCAAGUAUUCAUGAGAAUGUUAAGUUAUUAUUAACCGGAGCAAGAGCCGGAGAAGUUAGUAAUUCAAUUGCAAAAACAUCUAAAAUCUUAUCAAUUCCUACGAAUAUUCCAGAUUAUUUUGCUAUAACAAGAACUUCAAUAAAUGAAGUUUCAUUAAUUUUACCAAGAUCAUCAAAAAGAAGAAAUAAAAUGGGAUUUGAUUCAAAAUAUAUUAUAGGUUCAACUCAAGAUAUCAUUAUUCCUAUAAUGAUUGAUUUUUCAAAAUUGCCUUUGGAUAGUACUGGGAUUGUUGCUGGUGUUGCCAGUAAAUUAAUUAAUGGGAUGAGAUUAACUCAUAAUGAUUAUUUAUUUGAAUUGAAUUAUUUUUCAAUGGCUAAAUCUGGGGUCAUUAUGAUUCCACAAGAAAAUGUCGAAGUAAUUUCACAAAUACUUGGAAAGGCAUCAUCAAAUCAAUAG